CCGUACUUUGCGACAGAAGUUACCAGCUGAACACAGUAUUUUAAAUUUUUGUACGAUUACGGCUUUGAAAUAUUCGUCCUUCAUACAUUUUGUGAAAUUCAAUUUUUCGUUGUGUUGACAAUUCCCGAUUUAAACCGUCGAGAAAAAGCUUCAGAGAAAAUGGUGCUUCUGCAAGUAAAACGUGGCGAUGAGAAUCUCUUCAUUUACGAGACUAACGUCGGAGAGGGCACCACUGAGAUUAUACGCGAUAUUACCGCUAUUUACAACGGCCGCUUGAAAGUCUAUCGUAUUUGCUCGGAAAUUGAAGAGCUUAUUGAGCAUGGCACCAUGUUGCCACCCGAAAUGAUUGGAUUGACUGACGAACAAAUUUUAGAAUUGAAAUUGAGCGAUAUCUGGUCUGAGAAAUGCGUACCGGCAGGUGGGUAUGUCAUCAAUAAAGAUCCAUUAGGCCGUCGUAAUGGGCAGCGGCCACAAGAGAAAAUGCGUGAAAUGCUGAAGAAGGCAAUGGAAGAUGCUAAGAAAAUCAUUGAAAAGAAAUUAGUACAGGCUCGCCAACCGCUGAAUUUAAAAAAUGUUGACGAAGCUUUGAAUUUGUUACGCGGCGCCAUUACUAUAGUUUACCCAAUGCAAUUGCCACCACAUGAUAUUAUUCGCAUGGAGUUUACCAAUACGGAGGAUCUGAGUGGCACCCAGGCUUCACGUGAAGUUAUCGAAUCGGCAAAGGCACAGUUAUGGUUUGCUGGCAAGCAAGUACUGCCCGAAAAGAAAUUGCACGAAUACAUAGGCAUGAAUGAUAAGACUAAAGUUGUUGUGAAAAUUAAUAAACAUGGCGAAGGUCCACCCAGUCGCGAAGCUGUACUGACGGAGGAUAUACGUAAACGUAUGAUGGCCGAGGCUUAUCGCAGACAAGAAGAGUUGAAGACUCAAGGCCGGUGUUUCUGUGCUAACCUGGGGUGAAUUUUUUAAAUUGAG